GCAUGCGCACACACACACACACCGCAGCUCUGCGCUCUCCCAUUGGUCCACAGCCGGCUGACUGCACGAGAAUAGGGGAACUUUUGGAGUGAACGGGCAGAUGAGUUCAGUGUGUGAGUUGGCCGACUGACAACAAGUGGUUUUCCGCUGAGAACUAUUUCACAGCUCGGAGGAGAGGCAGCUGCUCAGUGUCUUCAGUGUGUUUCACUAACAAAGUAAUGACUGACACUACCGCGCUCAGCUUUUAAGAGAAACCUGCUCGUCCGCUGCGGUGUUUGUGUGUCCCGGAUGAGUCGUGAGUAAUUAGUUGAUUUGCAUCACCCGGCGCUCCCGGUUCAAUCUGCAGGGAAACCUGGCCACAAGUCGCCAGGUGGACGGCGACAAAGGCUGCUGAGUGCUCAGCGUUUCAACUUCUCUCUAACUCACCAUAACUUUCCUACACCUGUCCAACAUGUACAGCAUGAUGGAGCACGAGCUGAAGCCGACCGGCCAGCCACCUUCUCACCAAACCACCCAGGGAAUGUCACCGGUCACGGGCAACAUGACCGGGAGCAUGGGCAGCAACGGCAACUCUCACCCGAGCUCCAAAACGGCGUGCGCACCUGGAGUGGACCCCAUGGAUAAAGUCAAGCGGCCCAUGAACGCGUUUAUGGUGUGGUCCAGGGGACAGAGGCGCAAAAUGGCUCAAGAAAACCCCAAAAUGCACAACUCAGAGAUCAGCAAGCGGCUCGGAGCGGAGUGGAAACUCCUAACCGACGCCGAGAAGCGGCCUUUCAUCGACGAGGCCAAGCGGCUCCGCGCGGUCCACAUGAAGGAGUACCCCGACUACAAGUACAAGCCGCGCCGCAAGACAAAGCCCCUGCUCAAGAAGGACACUCAGGUGGGCAAGUACCCGCUGUCAGCCGGGAACCUGCUGGCGGCGGCGCAAGGCCAAGGUGGCAGCCCGAGGAUGGACAGCUACGGCUGGGGUCCCACCGGCGGGUACGCCGGCAUGCAGGGCGAGGCGCUCGGCUACACGCAGCAGCUCCACCGGUAUGACCUGUCAGCUCUCCAGUACCCACCUGCGAUGACGGCGGCGCAGACGUACAUGAACGGAGCCAACUCCUACAGCCCCAUGUCAUACAGCAGCAGUCCCCAGCAGCCCAGCCCCGUCACCAUGUCCAUGGUGAAAGCAGAACCAGUGUCCCACUCGCCUCCGACGGGAACGCCCAACCACCACCGCGGCCCUUUGCAGGGCGACCUCAGGGACAUGAUCAGCAUGUACAUUCCCGGACCAGGAGGGGACGCCGGCGACCCCACGGCAGCACAGAGGGGCUACACCAGUGUCCAGCAGCACUACCUCACCGGAACCGUCCCACUCACACACAUCUAGGACUGGAAGUGGGAGUCGUGGGGGCGGGAGGGUUAUCUGAGUGGGAGGAACAGAAAUGCUCACGAUGCACAGCUGGCGGGACGGGAGAUGGAGUCAGG